CGGACGCCCUUGACAUUAAUAUUGAAGAUGAACACUUCGUGCGACGAACUGGCUCAUAUCGAAAGUUCAGUGAGAUGGAUGUCUCGGACUUUCGACCGCUCAAGAAGGCCAUCACUGAUUUUAUCCACGAGUUGCACGCCGAGGGUUACGUUCAUGGUGACCUUUGCGAUGUGAAUUUGUUUGCGCGUGACGGUGGAGAAGGAGCGAUAGUUUGAUGUUGCUUGGCUUUGAUUGGGCUGGCAAGACUGGUGAGACCCGUUAUCCAAUGCACGUCAAUCGGCGGAGUAUUUCUCGUCCUGAUGAGGUGCGUGACGGGAAUGAGAUUGCGGUGGAGCAUGACUUGGAGAUUCUGGGCUAUGUGUUUCAUCCUGGACGGGCUUUUGAGGAGACUGCUAGUGCCACUAGCAUAGAGUCGACUGGGGAGGUGGACAUGGAUAUGGGGUAGCACAAGGAACACUUGGUGAC